AGUAGCCCACGUGGGAGCCGGGGAGGGGCGGCCUUGGUUAGGCUACCUGGUUGUGGGUAGUCUAAGUCGAGAAUCCAGGCUAUUCGUACUCUGAGGGGGCGAGGUAGAGACGGCCAUCGGGUCUCCUUUGCCAAUGUUGGGGACCCGGAGCGGGCCGCGGCGGGAGUGACCAAUCCUGAUGACGUAGCAGGGGGCAUCGACCAUGGCACUGCUCUGGGCCGUCAGGUGCGCGACCUCGCGGUUUUCGGGUCGCCUGCUCGCGCGUCAUUCCUCUCAAGCGGCGAGGCGUGGGGAGCGGGCCGGCGGGGAGGAGCUGAGCCGCCUGCUACUGGAUGACCUGGCGCCGACCCCGCGAUCUGCGGAGGGACUGGAGCGUCUGUUUGGCCUGUCCCCUUGUCUCCUGGCUCUGCGAGCUGCUCGUCGCCGCGUGGCCAGGCUUCUGCUCCAGGCCGGCAGAUCAGGGUUGCAAGGGGAGCGGGCCGAGCUGCUCCGGGCGGCAGAGGCGCGUGACAUACCAGUUCUGCGGCCCAGACGGCAGAAGCUGGACGCCCUGUGCCGCUACCAGGUCCACCAGGGCGUCUGCAUGGAGGUGAGCCCGCUUCAGCCUCGGCCUUGGACUGAGGUCGGGGAGGCGAGGCCAGGCGACGACCCCCGGCAGCUGUGGCUCGUCCUCGAAGGGCUCCAGGAUCCCCGGAACCUUGGGGGUGUGCUGCGUUCUGCUCAUUUUCUCGGAGUGGAUAAAGUCAUCACCAGCGGGAGAAACAGCUGCCCACUCACCCCAGUAGUCAGCAAAGCCAGCGCGGGUGCUAUGGAGGUGAUGGACCUGUUCUCCACUGAUGACCUGGCCGGUUUUUUACAGGCUAGAGCCCGGGAGGGCUGGCUCGUAGCUGGCACAGUGGGCUGCCUGGGGCCUGAGAUUUCCUCGUUCUCUGAGAUCCCUGUCACUAGCUGCUUGGAGUUCCUCUGGGACCGGCCUACUGUCCUAGUGCUGGGUAAUGAGGGCUCUGGUCUGUCCAAGGAGGUACAGGCCUCCUGCCAGCUUCUCCUUACAAUCCUGCCUGGCCGGCAGCUGCCCUCUGGACUUGACUCCUUGAAUGUCUCCGUGGCUGCAGAGAGAGACAGAGCAUGAACAGGGGAGGAGCAGAGAGAGAGGGAGACACAGAAUCUGAAACAGGCUCCAGGCUCUGAGCUGUCAGCACAGAGCCCGAUGCGGGGCUCGAACCCACGGACCGUGAGAUCAUGACCUGAGCCGAAGUGGGACGCUUCACCGACCAAGCCACCCAGACGCCCCGAAGAAGAACCUUUUCAUAAAACUCCAUAGAGAUCUCUACCACAUUGGUACCCUUGAGCUGUCUGUCCCCAACUGCCACACAGAUUCUGACCCUGGCAUGUGUCAGCCUUGGGCAUAUCACACUGCCUCCCCUAUCUAUGCUGCACUCUUAGCCAAGAUCCUAAUGUGGUUUUGAACCUUGGCUACACCUUAGGUGGGGUUGGGGGUAUGUGUGGUGGUGCGGAGAGGGACAGCUUUAAUAUUCCAGCUGCCCAGAGGCAUCAGAAUGAUUAGAUCAGAAUCUCUGCGGCAGGAGCCAGGUCCCAUGUUUUUUAGAGCUUCCCGGUUGAUGCUAGUAUGCUGCCAGAUCUGGGAAUCACUGGUCUUCAAGCCACCUUCUCAUGUCCAAGAAACUGCUUCCAAAUCAUUCAUACCUGUACUUUUGAGUGCAUGCCUAAAAGUUUGGGCCAGUCGGCCUUUCAUCUGUCCCUAGGUUCAGAAGAUGGUGGGUCGAGCCCUGACUCUAUUGGCUUCUUACCUGGAUGGCUUCUCAGCCUCCUCAUCUAUAAAAUGGGGACAGUGCCUUUAGUACCUGCUCCAGCCAACCCCUUCCCAACAAAGAUUUGUAAAAACAAAAUGAGAGAGUAUCAGUAAAAAGCAUUCUGUAAUCCUAGGCACUGUGCACCCCAGGACUAGCACAUGAUAGUACAGACAUGGAUAUAAUGGCUCAGUUUAUGUAUCAAGUUGCCUGGGCCACAGAAUGCCCAGAUAGUUGGUCAAACCUUAUUCUCAGUGUUUCUGUGAGGGUGUUUUUGUAUGAGAUUGACAUCUAAAUUUGUAGACUGAGUAAGCCAAAGUGCCCUUUCCAUUGUGGGUGGACCUCAUCCAAUCAGUUGAAGACCUGAAUAGAGGGAGGGGAAAAAAAAAAAAAAAAAAAAAAAAGCUUCUCCCCUAAGAAUUCUUCCUGCCUUUUGGAACUGAAACAUGGGCUUUUUCUGGCCUCAAGCCUGCUGGCCUUUAGAUGGGAACUGUGUCAUUGGCUCUCCAAGGUCUCCAGCUUGCUGUUCUCUGCAGAACCUGGACUUGCCAGACUCAUAACCACAUGAGCCAAGUCCUCAUAAUAAAUAAGCAUUAUAUGUGUGUAUAUAGAUAAGUAUACAGAUAUAUAUAUCACCUGUUGGUUCUGUUUCUCUGGAGAAUCCCAACUAAUAGACUUGAUGGAAAUGAACUGAGAUGUCCUGGUGUUCCCUCCAUGUGGCAGUAGAGAAUCGAGCUCUGUUCUCUGGGAACAAACCCAUCAUGGAACCUAGAAGUUGGGGUUUGGGGUACUCGGGGUUCAGAGCCUGCUUUCCUGCCCAUGGACUCCUAUGUCAUGUCUGGAACCUUAUCUAACUUGCUUUGGGCAUGUUGUUCAGUUUUCUGGGUCCCAGUAGUCCGAGCCAUCUAGAGGGCCACUCUCGGUGCUAAAAGCCAGGCACAGGGGCUCCUCCCUGCUUCAUCCCAUGGGCAGCAAGCCAGCUGGCCUCUGGGAAGGCAGGCUCACUUGAACUAAAAGGAAUUGAGGCCGUAAUUACCUGCCAUGCACACAGGUAUGUAGUUAGGUCGUGCAAACCAGGCAUUUCCAAAACGAAGGACCUGAGACCCUAAGGCAAAGGAUGAGGUCUGAAUUUCUUUGUGGUGGCCUGAUGCAUACAGGCUGCUCAGCAAGUAUGGUUAAAUACACAGGAGCUGGGGCAGCUGUGGCUGUGGGUAUGAAGACAGAGGCAAGGUGGAGGUCCAUCCUCUGCAGGGCAGGGUAAGGAUGACCCUGAAGAGCCACAUUUAAGAAUGUGAGACUGACUGUUAAGUAGCUCUUGCUUUGAGUUCCAAUUCUGACUUGCUGGUAGUGUAAAUAUGGACAUAUCCCUUAACUUUUCCAACAGCCUCCACUUCAGAGGAUCAGAGUGCGGAUUAAAUGAGCUCACUCAUGUAAAGCCCUCAGCCCAAUCCUGGAGGAGCAUGGCAGCUGUUUUUGCAGCACCUGAGCUGCAUGGGCUCCGCUGUCCUGCCACCCUGGCCUCAAUUUCCCCAUAGACUCUAAGACAUAUUUCAGCUGCAAUACACAAGGAGAUGUACUCCUGAGAGCAGCUGGAGGGGGUUGGAGAGGGGAGGGGAUUGGAAUGACAUUGGCAAGAUCCUCCUUUGUCAGGCCUCCCCACCCAAGAGGGAAAGGGUCUCAGAAGGUUGGUAUUCCAGAACAGCUGAAUUGUGGCCAGCACCCCAGCCCCUUGCAGAGCUGGAAAUUUGUUUGUUUGGUUGGGUUUUGGCAGGAGGGGAAAUUGCCAGCUCCUUUCCCGAGGCUGAGGUCCUAAACUAGACCCUCCCCCAUCACUCUUGCAGGGCCAGGCGCCAGGGAUCCCCACAGUUUGUAAAUGUAAUCAACCUUGAGGUCUCCGGCUUCCACAGGUGCAAUUAGCAUGCCCAUCUGCUAAUCCCUGAUUAAUGAUGUUUACAAACAUGGGACUCCACUCACAGAGUUGCUCAGCCCCUCCCUCUAGGACCUGGAGGCAGGGCUCUUCCUAACACACACCCCUCCGUAAACACACAUACUCUUUCAGGGCUGUGCUCCUCUCCCUCCCCUUUCCCAGGCAGGGGGCAGAGCUGGAGUCCCUCCUUGGAGUCACCUGGCCCAACUCUCAUUGCACCCAUGGAAAGAAGACCCAGAGAGAGCACACAGGGAGACCAUGAGGUUUGGUGGUAGGGCUAGGCUCCUGUUCUUCCCUCUUUCUUCCCCGUUCUGGAACCUCUGGGUACAUGGGUGGGCCCGCUGCCUUUAUUCACCACACCGGCUCCAGCUCUGGGGCUACAUGUACAUGUCUCUCUGCAUGGAGGGUCCCAAGGGUUAGGAUCCUCUACCUGUUCCCAGACAGAGGAACAUUCCCACUCCGCCCACCUUCCCUCUGAGGACUCUUGCAGGCCCACGCCAAAAAGCACAGUAGCAAAAAUAUUAAGAAUGCAGACUUCUGAGUCAAGAAGGCCCUGCCUCCAAAUGUUGGCUCUACCUCAGGCCAGUCACUUAAUCCAAUUGAGCCUCAGUUUUGUCACCUACAAAAUGGAGAUAAGGAUAGUAGGUACUACUACUACAAACAUAGUUUGUGAUGAUUCAUUACUGGAUUUAGGAAAUGGACUUGGCAUAGUGCACGGGACAUAGUAGGUGCUUAAUAAUACAAGCUUUUUAUUGUAGGGAAGAUGAUGAUGAUGAUGAAAAUGAACAGAAGCAUCUGAAGCUACAAAGAUGCCCAGGGACUUCCUCUUCUCCCCUCACCCUCCUCUCUGGGGAGUAGGGCAGGUCCCAGCUCAUUACUGGUGGGGGUUAGGGUGGAAGUGUCAGAUUGGAAUCACUCCUGGGUCUGUUCACAGCUUCCCUGUUUCAUUAACACCUCCCUGGUGGUCUUUAGCUCAUCCUCCUGGGGGAGGUGCUCCAGAAAGUUCUCACUACCCCCUACUCAGCCAGAGCUCAAUGUGCCCCAUUCCUAGGUCUGGAAUCAGAUGCACAUAGAGAAGGUUUUAUGUGGCAGAGAGGUGGCCACUGGCCAGGAGGCUGUCACUAUCCCCUCCCCUCAGGGUCCUGGAGGCCUGGUCAGGAGACAUAGUACCUGGGACUGCCUCUUUCUUUUUCCUCCCCAUCAACCUCUCAUCAGUAAAUUCUAGUCACCCAGCCCCACUGCAUCCCAACCUGGACACUUCUUCCUUUCAAAUCUGUGACUUGAUGUGAGCAGCGCCAGCUUGGGUUCUAAUCCUGGUUCACCUUUUCCCAGCUGGAUGACCUAAGGAAAAUCGCUUAUUUUCCAGGACAUUCAGUUGCUUCUGUAAAAACAGGGACACCAUACCUAUAGCAGGGUAGCACAGGGCUCAGAAAAUUGUAAAUUCUCAAUAAUGCAGCCAUUGUUAUUUUGCAGGCACAACAACUAAUCUCUGAAUUAUAUUUUUAAAUCGCAGAGCCCUGUUUAGCCAACCGGGGUGGGUGGGGGAGCAGAGCCAUGUUUAGAGAAGCUCCAGUUAAUUGUCCCAGUUUCUUCUCCAGACUGGGAAAAAGGAGUGGGGCUGGGCAAUGAAUUAGGACCAGGAGAUUACUAUCUUGGGCUCUGGGAAGGCUGCUUCUAAACAAUGUUCCUCUCCAGACACUCCAAGAAGGAUUCUGAUGGAAAUACUAUGCCCUCUCUGUCACAAUAUUCCAUUUCAGAGGAGACCCUUCACCAGCUGUGGGCCAGGAAGGAGGGGCUGGGCCCAGCUGCCCCCUGCCCCAACCCUGCAGCUGGCUGAACUUGGCUGGCCCUGCUUUCUCCUGCCACCUCUGUACUUCCUCUUCCCUUCAGGCUCCCAGCUCUUUUGCUGAGGUUUGUGGGUGUCAGAAGAGAGACUCCAUGAGAAGUGUCACCUUUUGUGGUUGAUCUGUAGUCUCAAAAAAAAAUGUCAGUUGGCUGAGCAGUUUCCUCUAGAAAGAAGAAACCAAGGCACAAGUCUGCAUAUAAGGGAGGCGGCAAGACAGUGGGCUUUGUCCCUUCUUGCAAGUAACCCCCAAGCCCCCACAGGCCUCUGUGGAGCAGACAUGAAAGCCCCUCCCACCUCUAGGAAUCCCCACUCCUGUCUUUUACAUAAUCAAGGCAGGAGUUGGCUUCACUCCUUUUAUAUUCCCAGGUCUCAGCCCAGGGCCAGGCACAUACUGGGUAUUUAAAAAUCACAGAUAAGCACAUAAAUGGGUCCUGAGGUUGGAGACUCACUGCCUCUCCCUCCUUUUCUCUAUUGUAGGUUGGAGGCAAAUAGCUCAAUUCCAGCUGGCCCUCCCCUUCCACUUUUGGAGAAGACAAGACACAAAUGAUUCCCUAGCCACAGCUGCUCUUGAUUCUCUGCAACAAAAGAGCUAAUCGAGAGUGAGGGGAUGCUCUGUAGAACCCUUCAGCCCUCGACCCUGCUGAGACCCAUCUGUAUCCAGGCCCUGCACAGAUGCCCUUCCCAUAGAUGGGGGGACUAGCUGGGGGUCAGGCACAGCAAGGAGCAGGAUCUUGUUUGAAUCAGAGCCCUGAUACCAACACACAUACUUAGAACAGUCUCACUGCAGUGGGUAUGGGACCCUGAAGCCAUGUGCACAGCAGGGUGAUGGGUGAUGAUGAUGAUGGUGAUGAUACUAACAUUUAUUAUGUACUUACCAUGUGCUAACGGUUUUAUGUGCCUUGUCUCAUUUAGUCCUCAUGAUGCUUUGGGGUAGGCACUGUUAUUACCUUUCGUUUAUAGAUAGGAAACUGGGGCCCAGAAAGGUUAAGUAACUUACCUAAGGUCAUGCUGUGACAAUCAGAAGGGUUUAUAGGGGGUGGGGGAUGGAAGGUGGGGAGCUGAGCUUAGAAGGAGAGACCUUCCAGCUCAAGCAUCAGCUAGGAGGCCUUCAGUUGAGGAAGCCAAAUCUGCACACAGCCACCCUCCCCCCACCCCCACAGCACUAAACCCUCCCCCAUGUAAUACCCCUAGCCCCUCUCUCCACUCCACUUCUCCUGAACCAUCCUGACAAUCUCUAAGUGGGGCAUCCUGCAGAGGGGUGUGGGGACCAUGUCCUUCAGCUUGCCACGUGGCUGUGGGUGGUAUGCCCAGGCUGGAGGUCAGAAUACACAGCUCGAGCUACUGUGGGGUGCAGUAAAGAGCCUGGACUCCCAGAGACACCCAGAUUUAGGUUUAAGUCCUGGACCUGCUCCCAAACCAAGGCUCAGGCCUUGGUCCAGUUUCUUAACCUCUGAGGUUCAUUUCCUUUCUGUAAAAUGGCACCAGUAAUCUUUCUCCCAGGGUUGUGCUGGGGCCUGAAAAAAGGUGCUCACGGCACGUGGUAGGCCUUCAAGAACUCUUCCCAGCCUGCCUCUUCCUUCUUUCUCGGGGCUUCCGUCUGUGUCUGUCUCCUUGCUUUCCUAGCUUGGGGUCUGGUGCCUCCCCUCUCUCAGCUCUGCCUGUUUUUUGAUGAUCUCUGUCAUGUCUGCCUGUCACUGGGGGCUCCCUGUUGCUGCUCCCUUUCUAGGGCUCUGUCUCUAUACCCUUUCUGCCCCUCUCCUCUCCUCUCCCUUGGCUCCUGAUACCCUGGGGGCUGAUCGAUGGCAGCCGCUGGUUAUCGAUUGGAGUGGGCGUCCAAGUGUGGCUGCUGGAGGCCGGUAUUGAUGGACAGGAUUGGUGCCCAGGCUGGGCGGAGUGGCAGUUGGGGAGCCUGGGGCUGCAGGGGAAGUGGGGCUCCCCCUCCCCUGCCAGGACCUGGGAUGGGAGUCCUUAAAGCUGCAGACCCUGCCACUAGGAUGGGGGUAGAGGAUGGGACAGAAGGUCUCUGAGGACAGAAGGCCAAGGCUUGGCUCAUGCUGUCACUUAACAAGAUUUACUGAGCACCUACUAUGUGCCAGCUGGGGAUAUUAGCAGUAAGCAAGUCAAAAAUCAAUAAGUAAAAUUAUGUAAUGUGUUAUGCAAGAAAUAGAGCAGAGGGAAAAGGGUAUGGAAGUGCAGUGGUUGGGAGAAAGUACUGUUUUAAAUGGUGUAGUGAAGGAGGGGCCUCCUUGAAAAGGUGACCUUUUAAGUAAAGACCUGAGGAGAGUGAAGGAGCAAGCCAUUUGAGAGCAUUCUGAGCAGUAGAAACACCAAAUAAAUGCAAAGACCCCCUGUCGGGGGCCAUGCUUCAUAUGCUCUAGGCUGGGGGUAUGGUGUGCCUGGAGUGGGGUGAGGGAUAAGGAGAGCAGGAGAAAAUGGGUAGGAGAGGGAAUGAGGGCAGGGGCCCUAUAGGGCUUGGAGUGGACAGUCAGUCCGGGGAUGACAGUUGUCCCAACUCCAGUCUGAGAGGCCUGAGCAGCUUCCACCAACGGUAGCUUCCAGAACAUGGUUCUGCUGCUUCUGAAACUCCAUGUGUGGAGUUUCACACCAAUAUCCCAGGCCAUUCACUGCUUGGCCAAUGAGAUAAAUGCUCACAGGUUGGAUUCUGUGGUUGAGUUGAGAACUAUGAGACUCAGAGACAUUUGGCAACUUGCCCCAGGUCAUGAAGGAAAUAGCAGAGCUGGGACUCAAAUCCAGUUCUGUCUGGCUCCAAAACCAUUGCUUUUUCCUUCUUUCCUGGUUACCGUCUUAACCAUUUUUAAGUGUAUAAUUCAGUAGUUAAGUUUACUCACAUUGUAGUACCAUAGACCUGCAGAUCUUUUCCAUCUGAAACUGAACCAAAACUCUGUACCCAUUAAAUAAGAACUCCCUGCUCCUCUUGCCCCAGCCCCUGACAACCAUCACUGUAUUUUCUAUGUAUCUAUGUAUGUGACCUUUUUUAUUUUAAUAUUUAUUUUUGAGAAACAGAGAGUGCAAGAAAGGAAAGGGCAGAGUCGGGGGGACACACAGAAUCUGAAGCAGGCUCCACAUUUUGUUUAUCCAUUUAUUGGUUGACUGACACUUGGGUUGCUUCCAUGUCUUGCCUAUGGUGAAAAAUGCUGCAAUGAACAUGGACGUACACAUAUCUCUUUGAGAUCCUGUUUUCAGUUCUUUUGAAUAUAUACCUAAAAGUGGGAUUGCUGGAUCAUAUGGUAGUUCUAUCUUUAUUUUUUUGAGGAACCUACAUACUGUUUUCCAUAGCAUCUGUAACCAUUUUACCCUGCCAGCAACAGUGCCCAAGGGUUCCAACUUCUUCACAUCCUCACCAACACUUGUUAUUUUGUUUUGUUUUGUUUUUUGAUAGUAGUCAUCCCAAUGGGUGUGAGGUGAUAUCUCAUUACUGGUUUAAUUUCCUUAAUGACUGAUGAUGCUGAGCAUAUUUUCCUAUGCUUAUUGGCCAAGUGUAUAUCAUCCUUGCUGAAAUGUUUAUUCAUGUCCUUUGCCCAAUUUUUAAUUAGGUUAUUUGUUGUUGCUGUUGUUUGUUGUUGAGUUGUAGGAAUUCUUUAUAUUUUUUGGAUAUUAACCCCUCAUCAGAUGAUGAUUUGCAAAUAUUUUCUCCUAUUCUGUAGAUUACCUUAUCACUCUGUUGAUUGUGUCCUCUGAUGUACAGAAGUUUUAAAUUUUGAUUUAGUCCUAUUUAUCUAUUUUUUCUUUUGUUGCCUGUGCUUUUGCUAUCAUACCCAAGAAACCAUCACUGAGUCCAUCCAAAAUUAUUGUUUUUAACUACUUCUCUCCACUGUCAGGAAUUCUGCCAACACCUUUAGGUCAAAUUGGGCAGGCAGUGACCCAGAGGGCAGGGCUGGAACCAGUGGGAAGUUCAGGGAGACAGCAGCUCAAGCUAACAGAAUUCCAGAGGCUGAAUGGGGUACUUUGGAGGUAGUGAGGUCCCUGUCACUGGAGGAAUAUAAGCACUCAGAUGACCAUUCAGGUAGGAUGUUGCACAGGAACUUCAGGUAGAGGACGUUAAGGUUGGGUUGAUGGCCUCUGAUCUCUUAUAGAAUUCAGCAAGGAAGGAUGGGGAGCUCAAAGCUUGCCAGUGAAGUGGGGUGGGGUGGGCAGGAUGGCAGCUGACAAGUGUACCAUCCUCUGUGCCUGGGGAAGUCUUGUAUUGGGAUCUAUGUGUGGAGGAGAUUCCCUGUGUUCUUGUCAUGCUGGAGCCUAAACCCAAGCUCUGACCCCAGAUGGCCCAAGGAUCUUGGACCCCUGGGCUGGAAGAUAAGAGAGAUGAAGAUGUGGCUCCUUCAUCACCUAUGAGGGGCUGCUUGUGAGCCAAAUGGAUGAAACAAGGACUUAAGAGCCUGGUAGACCUUGAUUAAGGUACUGCCUGAGGCACUCACUGGCUGGAUGAAUUUGGGCAGUCUCUUUGACUUCUCUGAUCCUCAUCCUCAUCUGAGCAAGGGGCUGCCACCUCUCUUAUAGGGUUUUUUGCAGAAUGACAAUAACAGGUGGCUGGAGCCUGACACAUCCUCAGUGAACUCCAGUGAUCGCAUUUAAGCACUCAUAAUUGCCUCUCAGCACCCUCCAAAGCCAAUAACCCUGAAUGGGCUAUAUAUUCCCUACCCUCUGGUGACCACUUCCCACUGUUCUUGGCCCUGGCCAGCCCCUCAUUCCUUUUGAGGGCAGGGAAAUCCAGACUCCUGGAUCCGGAACCCAGCUCAGCCAUGACAGAUACCUGAGCUGGACCAGGGGCCCUCUCCGGGCCUUGUGGGAAGUGCUGGAUGGCAUUCUGAUAUCCUGUCUGUUGGUCCUCUGUCUCUGCCUGUCCCUGUGGCUACUAGGCCUGGACCUUCCUCACUCUGGUUGUGCAGUCUUUCCCAGCCUGCCCUGCAUUCUGUGACCUGACUCAUCUCCCACGUUGCACCCAGAAAUUUCCCCCACAUUACCCCCAGCCCAGCCCAUCAUGGAGAAAAAUCAAAUCUCAUUAAAGGCCAUUGAUUUUCCUCCAAAUUUGCUGCGAGUACACUUCGAGGCUUCUCAGUAUUACUGUCGGUUCCCAUCUUCAACCCCUCAACUACCACCAUAUCUUCCUCAGGGAAACUGAGAAGCAUUGGGCUGGCAGGCAAUAGGGAGUGUGAGAGGUUGUAGAUACUGUCUGCUGGAGCCUCCAGCCCACUCUGGCCCUUCAGCGUGGCAAGACCCUGAAUAUGGCACUGAUUUAUUUCUCUGCCUGGUUACCCCCAUCUUAGGCAGAGGGGUAUGUGUUUCUGCGUGUGUAUGUCUGUCCCUGUGUGUUGGUGUGUGAUUUUGUGUCUGCAUGUGUGUCUGUGGGUGUCAGCACUGUGUCUCUGUGCACCUGUGUCUAUUUCUAUAUCUGUGUGUGUGUCUAUAAGUGUGUGUGUGUAUCUGCAUGAAUGCAGUGUGGAGUGGAGGUCUUGGCUUGCAGUUGAACUCUGAAUGCUGUGCUGCCCAUGAAACAGCCAGCCUGAAGAAGGGACUUGACUUGGGGUAAACCCAAGAUAUGGUUCUCUUCCUAGGGGUCAAGGACUAGGUAGGGCUCUGGAGGAGGAGGGGACACAGGCUUCUCUGCCCUCUCGCAUUCACCCCUGCUGUCCCUUUGUCAUCUUGGAAAAUGGGGCACCUUGCUGACUUUGUUGCAGUAUUAGGUUUGGGGUUUGGGGGCUGGUGGGAAAGAUUCCCAACCUAAUGUUGGAGGCGGGCACGAAUUCUUUCUCUCCUCCAAUCUGAACUAAGAGUCCCAGGUGGGCAUGUUUAAGUCAAAUGGCCAUAUAUUCACCUGGUGAGUCUGGAGAGAGUAGGUUAGGAGAGAAGAUGGGCAGUGAGGGUGCCAGGGAGGCUUUGUGACAUGGAAGGCAUUCCUGUCUGCCCGGGUCAUGUUCCUAGCAUAAAGUCAAACAUCAAGGCCAGCCUUAAUGGGGAAAAAAGUCAUGGACAGGGCCCUUUGGCUUUUGGGGGGUGAAGUGACUUUCAGCUUGGCUAUAGGCCGGGCCACUUGCCUCUAGCCCACCUUCCAGGGCCUAGAGGUCAGCCAUGGUGCUGGACUGGCCUUCUAAACCCUAGGACACGGCUGAGCUACCCCAAGGAGCAGCCUCAAUGGGGCCUCCUGUAAAUUUGGGGGUGGAAUGGUUCCCUGGUUAUGCAUCCUCAGUGAAGCCUCACCCACUACCCAUACCCCAACCCUGUGCAAGACAUGUCAAGUUCAUGACUGUGAAUGCAUGUUCUCCCAGAGGCCUCUGCCAGGGAGCUGGGAGCAGCACUCUGGGUUCUGGGGACAGGCCAGAUUUAUGGCACUGGGAGAAAUAUUUAGGCCUGAGACAGUUUGGUUGUGUUAAUUAUGGAAAUCUAAAGAUAAUCUAUAUUUAAUGCUGAAUUUUGUCAAAUUUGCUAAAGAAUUAGGGGAGCGUGUGCAAACAGUGACACUUCAAUGAAGAACAAGGUGCAAUUAAACUCUGAAAUUUACAGUGGAAUAAUUGGAGAGCAUGACAAAUAUAGUUAUCAGCAGCAACUAAUUAGGGGUCUGCUCGAGGUUUCUGGGCUUGAUUAAUCUCGCCUGGAUGCUAAUAAGUUAUGCUGGGCAGCUGAUACUAUUUGUCGCCUCCUACUUUCCACUCUCUCUCCAGAGCUCUUGGGGAUUGGGGAUGUGACCCAUUCGGUCCUUCCCUCUGUACAGCCUGGCCUAAAGGGGGAGAAUAAGGUCACCAGAGCUCCUAUGCUGAGACCCCCUUCUCCAACUAAGGAUGGCAUGGACACCUUGAGUGGCAUGCCCCUGACCAGGCAUCCUGGGGUCUUACUUGAGACUUGUUGGGAUUGGGGGAAAGAGGGUUGGGGCUGAGUUUUGGGGUCUAGCUGGGCUUCAGUGGGUCAUAUUUCUUCCCUCCCUGUUGACAUGGCUCAGCCUGACUCCCACCUCUGUCUUUUACUCUACACCUCAUGGGAAGGGUCAAUGAAAGCCCCUGACUCCGACUCAAGAGAGAUCCAUACAACUGUUCCUUAGCCAAACACCCACCUCCUCUUUCCCUGCCAGGUCUCUGCUAAUCUUCCUUACUGCUGAUUGUGGCCAAGCCUUAGAUCCACUGACUAAAGCUUAGGCCUGUGCUGGAGCUGUUAUCUAGCUGGAGUGUGGCCAGUACCCUGGGCAUUGCUGCCAGGUCCAGCUGUGAAGCUAAAGCCAUCCCCUUCCUCUCUCUGUCUCUCAUCUUGUCUCUGAGUCUCUCUGCCUCAUGACCCAGAAACUUCCCUGGUCUCUGUGUGACUAGUCGGGAGUCACCCCUCAAGAACUCUCUUCUCCAUUGCCCACCUUUCCCUCAGAAGUUCUCCUGUCAGGUCCCCCACCUGGGGUCCCCCAGGGCCAUAUGCAUGCUGAACAGUCCCCCUUUCAUCUCCUGCCUUUGCUCAAUGUUGUCUGGCACAGGAUGGGAACUCCAACUGGCAGCCUCAGAGGAGGUGAGUGAAUCUAAAAUGGGAAGUUGGAUGAACGGCUUCUUUGUGGAUGUCUUCAGUAUGCCAGAACUCUCCAAGCGUGAGCGUGAGUGUGUGUGUCAUAGGAGACUGGGACCCUGAUAUGGCUGGUGGAGAAGAUAGCUGGGAGAAAGUGCAGGAGGAGGACAGGGGCCUCCAGAAUGCCUCCCUCUAGUAUCUGGGCCAGAGUGGUCCUACUCCUGGGAGAAGGAGCCAUUGCUUCCUUGAGACCUCCGUUUCUCUUCCUGCUUGUGAUCUGAAGAGUUUUGAAGUCAGACGCCCCUGGGCAUGUGUCCCCGCCUUAGGGGUCCUGGGCUGUUCCUAACCAUGUCAAGUCUUGAUUUCUUUCUUGUGGAACAGGGAUAAUUACUUCAGGGCACUUGUCCCCAGGGUUACCAGGAUCUCCAGAAAAGGGCGAGGAGCUGAGCAGGCCCUCAGUAAAUGGGGCUCCCUCCCCGCUGCCUCUCUUCUUCCUUCUAUCCCUCCCCUCCCCCAAAUCUGAAUUCCCUGAGGCUUGCACGGUUGUCCCUGUGGCUGUCAGACUCCUCCACCAGAGGGCGAUAGGUGCUGCGGGCACAAGCAAAAUGGACCCCAGUAUAGGCUGCAUCCACAAUGGGCCUGCCUCGCCUGUGCUGUCUCCUGAACUUCAGGGCGGGAAGAUUUGAGGUCAGGGAGUAUUUUGUUCCCUUCUAUGCACAGCUAACACACUCUAAGAUUUGGGCGAAAAUUAGAGAACAAGCUUCUUAACGUUUGUACACUGAAGCAAGUUUACCAGUCACCACUGAUGUCCUGAGUCUCUGGGGCAAGGCUUAGUUGGCCCAUUUUACAGAUGAGGAAAUAUGAAUUGGUCAUUACUUACGUUUGCAGAGACUGGCAAGUCACAAGUGCAGAAUGCAUUGGAUAAACCAAGGCUCAGAGCAAAUUUGCUGAGGGUGAAGUGGCUUGUAAGAGGGGAGUUGGGACUCAAACCUGGGCUUCCCUGACUUCUAAGUUAGCAACUUUUCCUCUGACCCAGUUUUUCUGAUCAAUCAAGACUCUGGUCUAAUCCCUCCUUGUCCUGUCACAGCCCCUGCUUCUGAGGCAACUGGAAAUGGUGCCUUAGGCUUCAGACUCCAGCCUCUAAAUCCUAGGGGCUGUGGGUCCGUGGAUAGAUCACUAGCUCCUCUGAGCCACAGCUUUCUGUAAAAUGGUCAGGUGAUGCUUACUCUCUUCUUUGCAGGGUAUUAUGGGGGUGAAAUGAGAUGAUGGACACAGAGACCCCUCUCCCCUAGGAUGGGCUCCCUGUGAACCUGGGCUGGACGUUCCCCUAGGGACUCUUGGUCUGUCACUUGGAGCUGAGAGGAGGAAUGCAAUACCCACAGGUCGCCUUCAGCCUUUCUCUGGGGGAAGAAGAGAGAUGGGGUGGGGAGGGCUCCUUUCUCAGGAACCUCCAGCCCUUGCAGCUGCUAGAAGUGAUCUGGCUCCGUUGCUAUGGCAACGAGGGCCAGCCGCCUGCAGAGCCUUCCUGUGCCAGCCGCCUUGACCUCACUUAGGAUGAUUACCUUUUGGCAAAUAAAAUAAUUGUGUUAAUAAAGAGGCUGUUCGCCCCCUCAUCCCCCACCCUGCUUGGCCUGUUCCCCAUCCCCACCCCGGGGAGAAAGAGAGGCUUCCCCCACCCAAUUACCCCUGGCCUGUGGGAUGCCUUACUCUUAAAUAAGUUGUUGAUGGAGAUCCUGGCUGGGUUUUAAUUUUUGCUGAUUUUAACCACCUCCCAUCUUCCCCAUCUUGCUUUCUGCCUUCUUGCCCCUACGUCUUUGUUGAAGUUGUACAGUUGAGUUAAUAUGACUCUUCUGUCUUCCUUCCAUGGGGCUUUGAGCACCCACUGGGCCUCCCAAGCUAUUACAAUAAUAAAUUCUACUUACUGUG